UCCUCACAAUGCAGUCGAGCCGACACCCGGAGAUGUGUCUGAUGACGAGCGUGGUUUUACUGCUAGCCACCUUGCAUGCCGAGGCGGCGGCGCGACCGCUGCUGUUGGGUGUGUUCGCGAACCGGCCUCAGAAGACUCCGUCGGAGCCCUCGACGGAGCCGCCGCCGCCCCCGCUGCCCAGCACGGACGAAGAGGCCGCGGUGGGCGGCUGCCCGUGUCCGGCCACGCUGCAGUACGACCCCGUCUGCGGCACAGACAACCAGACCUACAACAGCCUCCAGCUGCUGCUCUGCGCGCAGCGCUGUGGACGUGAUGUAGAAGUGAGCUUCAAAGGAAGGUGCUCGCCACUUGCUGGCUAGCUGCAAUCCGACCUGACGUCACGUCAUGGGAUCGUCCGAAAAGCAGAUACAUGCAGCAUGAAUCUUCUGUUGUGCAACAGUACAAUCACUACUACGUCUAAUCAGCAUGU